AACACCCGUUAAAUUUAAAGUUAAAAGUUAAAUAACACUGUCGCUUGUACCAUGCAUUCAGGCAUAUUCAGGCAGCGCCCUCUAGAUUUCACUAGCGAAACUAAAAUAUUUUUUUGAACAGUCGGUUAUGUUCUCUUUAUCUUUCUUCCUUAAUGCAAAACCCAGUUUCAGUAAAACUUACAACAAAGCCUCAUUUUACGCUUCUUAAAUGUUUUAAACUUAUAUAUCACGGUCUUGAUACUAAAAACAACUCUUGCUGUACGUGUUUAAAAUACAUUUCCUAUCCGAAGCAGCUUCCAGAUGCGAUGCUUCUUCGAUGUACAGCUAGUGAACAGAUUCAAAACAACGCAUCCGCAAAGUUUAGCGAAUUUGGGAACUAAAACACAUCCUAUUCCACGUACAGUACCGUAACAGCAUCAAACAGCCGACACAUUUCCCGCCUUACCGAACGCACCUGACAAACUUAAAAACUUACCCUCAGCGCAUGCAUCCAACGGUGAUAAGCCUAGCUCGGAAGCACAUCUCGACUAUUUUCGACACAGUACACGAACGCUAAACAAAAACUUCCCCCAUUUCUCUUAACCACCGCUCGUAGGCUUCGCUUUCUGGAAUUUCGGCACUGAGUUCCACGAGUCGAUCGUGCGAGCACGCACGCACAGCCGCGACGAUGUUUUCCCUUGCAAAAGGCACGAACCGAGCAAGUUGCGAGACUGUAAACGAAAACAAAACCUUCUGGUUUAUGGAAAACAAUCGUCGCAGCAGUAGGAAAAAUGUUUUACUCGCCACAGCACAGCACCACAGUCAACAACGCAGGCAGGUAGCUCCGAGCAUAAUUUUUCCCUGGGACCACUCCGGUUGGGCCAUUCUCACCGCGGAGCAGCGCACCAGACUGGAUGGGCUCAAGACGCUCAAACCGACGGAGAGCACCCGACGGUAAACUCAUUCAGUGAGCGACGUUCAAGCCGAACGCACGUCUUUUGUCGGUGAUCGUGCCGGUGAUCGUAAAGGGUGAGUCGGAAGAACUGUGUGCGUGUGAUCCCUUACCAAACACCUGCCCGAAUGUGCGGCCGCAAGAAGGAAGCCAUAUUCCUGCGCUUCGAUUAGCACAAUUAGCCGACGGCGAGUGGCGAAAGAUCGUGAUCGGUUCAUUCGGUGCUUCUAAAAUCGGUUUACUAGUGAAUAUUCGACCGAUAGAAGAUUUCAACCAAGGCCCAGUAGGAGACGAACAUCCGAAAUUCCACACACACACUCUGGCCCAUAUUCUCGGUUGAGCCAGAUCCCUCGCCAACAGGAACCGGUUAGCGGAGAAACUUCAGCAUCCUCAUCCCGUGUGACUCUCGCUGCUGAGUCACACGAGCUCCUACGGCUCCGCCAUUCUCCUUUCUUUCGACUUCGGUUACCCAACGCUCGAAGGGUGACCCGGGCGUGCUUUUGUGGUGGUGGGAGCGAGCGAAAGGCGAAAGAAACGGUCACCGCCGGUUUGCUGACCGGAGAGACCGAGCGGUCUGCUGUUUGCAGAUUGGAAAUGAGUCAACGAUCUUUAAGGGCACUAGCGCUUAGCGAAUAAACCGUGAGGAAAUCAAUAACGAUCGUGCAUCCUGUGGCGCUGCGCUGUUUGUGAAGUGAAAACGGGAGGGUUGUGCAAAAAGUGAAUAAAUUAGUUGGAUCGUGGAAACUCCCUUUUGCGCGAUCGAGUGAUCUUCGCGCUGAAGUUUAAUCAAAGUGGUGCAAUUUCUAUAACCUCCUGUGCAGUGUGCGUGUGUGUGAUCAAGCAUUGCGGUGAAUCGAGUGCGAUAAGCAGUGAGACCAAGGUAUCGAAGCUGCGGGUUUGUGGAAAGGAAAUUCAUCACAACCAAUCAGUCAGACCCGCAGAAUGACACAGCAGCAGCAGGUGGGCUCGCUUAUGAUUGGAUGAGGCUAGGCUCGGACGCGAAGCUCAUCAGUCCAUGGUUACAGUGAAUUAACCUUUCAAGUGCUUAAAGUCAAGCCACAAUAAAAAGUGCUGCUGGCACGUCCACAUAGUGAAAAAAUUUAGCAAGUUGGUGUUAACGUAAAUCCAAACAGUUCCGGAAGGUGUAGCGUAGUGAUUUGUUGACCAGACAGCCAGAACCGGUACUACCGGUGCCAUCAAGACACCGCAACGAUGGCGGUGCAUUCGUGCACUAGAAUGAUGCACCGGGGAGUGAAACUGGUUUCGCUGGUGGUGCUACUGCUGCAGCACGCUGCCCAGUCACAGAUCAUCAACCGGACGCCACACUUUAUCCCGGGCAGCGGAGAUAUGGCCCGGUUCAGUCUGCUCGAAAACACACCGGUCGGCAGUGUGGUGUACCAGUUGCGUGGUGUUGACCCCGAGGGCAGUAAGUUACGCUUCAGUAUCUCCGGCCCUGUGUUUAGCGUCGAUCGGGACAGUGGCGUUGUGCGGUUGCGUCAAUCACUGGACCGCGAACAGCAGGACACGGUGGAAGUCAUCAUUAGCCUUACCGACGAGGGCAUCCUUGGAACAGAACCGAACACGGUCUCGCUGCGAAGGGAGAUCCCCAUCCGGGACUACAAUGACAAUCCACCGGUCUUCGUUGGCCGUCCGUACAGUGCAACGAUCAGCGAAGCGACGAAACCGGGCAGUAACGUGUCGGUAACGCCGGACAUCAUUGCAACCGAUCAGGAUGAGGGAAUGAACGCGGAACUCACCUUCAGUUGCUAUCAGGACCCCGCCAAAGGUGCGGACGAUAUCUGCGACGUGUUCACCGUGCACACGGAGAAGAUCGCCCAGGGCAAGUUCGGUGCGUGGAUCGAGCUGCGCCGUCCACUGGACUUUGAAACGCGACCCUCGUACAUCCUCACGAUCCAGGCACGGGACGGUUCACCAACGAACUCGCUGCGGGCAGUCGCUUCCGUUGCGAUCACAAUUCUAGACGUACAGGAUCAGCCACCGAUCUUCAUCAACGCGCCCUAUUCGGCUACCAUCCCAGAGAACACGAUCGAGGGUACGCGAGUGCUUACGAUCAACGCAACCGAUGGCGAUACGGGCAGUCCCAAUCCACUGAUGCUGAUGCUCGAAAACGAACCGAUGGGACACUUUCGGCUGCACUACAUUGGCCAUCCCCGGUCCGGGGUAGCCGAGCUGAUCACCACCGGGAAACCGCUCGAUCGUGAAGAUCCAAUCAUCACGCAAAAUGGCGGAGCGUACACAUUCUCGAUCCGUGCUACGGAACUGAUCAACAACGAGCUGCCGGGUGAUUCGACGACGUCUCAGAUCACGAUCGUACUGACCGAUGUGGACGAUCACGUGCCGGAGUUUAAUCAACCAUCGUACGAGGUUGCGAUCCCGGAGAACCUCGAGCAGGAUACACCGCUGCCGGGACUCGCGAUCGUCGUGACGGAUCGGGAUCUUGGUCCCAACAGCCGCUAUACACUCGCCCUGCGCAACAUUCAAAAUGCGGAAGGUGUAUUCGGUGUCGUUCCCACGCACGGUGAAGGUCGCACACCGAUCGUGGUGAAGGUGUUGGAUUCAUCCCGCCUGGACUAUGACGUGCCGAGCGAGGAUGCUAAAACGUUCCGCUUCCAGCUAGUAGCAUCGGUCGAUGGGGAAGAGAAAUCGGCGGCCAAUGUAACGGUGCGCCUGCAGGAUGCAAACGACAACUCGCCCACCUUCCCCCAGUCGACGUACUCGCUGCAGGUGCGUGAGAAUUCUCCCCAAGGCUUCAAGAUAGCGGACCUAAGCGCUACCGAUCAUGAUGCCGGCAUGUUUGGCCAGCUGUCGUACGCAGUGAAAGGCUUCGGAGCGGAGUUUUUCCGCACGCAUCCCACCGACGGGGGACUGUACGUUGAGCGGCAGUUGGAUUAUGAGGAACAGAAGAGCUAUAGCUUGGCGCUGGUGGCCAGAGAUGGUGGUGGCCGGGAAACGAACGCGAAUGUCUUUAUAGACGUGAUGGAUGAAAACGACAACUAUCCGUCGUUUGAAGCGCUCGAGUACACUCGUACGAUACGCGAAGGGGCGACCGAGUUUGAGCCACAGUUCUUCGUGCGUGCUGUAGACGUGGAUGGACCGACGCAGGGCGGUGGAAGGGUGUCGUACACGAUCGAGUCGGAAAACAGUAUCUCGGGGCAUGUGUUUACAGUUGAUCAGGAGAGUGGUGAGAUUAGGAUCACGAGGCCUGUUAGCUCAAUGGAUACGGACCGUGGACAGUACGAGCUGUUGGUGGUCGCUACUGAUCACGGUGUACCGCCGCUAAAGAAUGAUACUCGUGUGCUGGUGCGUGUUGGACUUUCGGGCAAUCAGCGUCCAAUCUUCCGGGGACACGCCACUGCUACAAAUCGGGACAUUCCUGGACCUCCAUCCUAUCGGGCGACCAUACCGGAGAAUGCUUCGGCUGGGUACAACGUAACGCAGGUCAGUGCCACCGAUCCGGAUGGAUUGGAUGAGCUUCUGCGGUACAAGAUCGUGGGUGCUAGCGACAACUUCGAGAUCGAUGAUCACACCGGUCUGAUAACUAUCACACGGGAGGCUCGACUAGACCGGGAUACCAACCCGGAAAGCUACGCGAUCGUGGUCAAUGCAAUCGAUGCCGGAUUCCCCAUCCCCGAGACGGCCACCACAACAGUGCACGUUAAGAUACAGGACAUUAACGAUAAACCACCGAGGUUCCCCCAGCAAACCUACACCGCGUACGUGUCCGAACGGAGUCCUAUCGAUUCGGAGGUUCUGCGUGUCACAGCCAAGGAUACGGAUUUGAACUCCAAAAUCGAAUACGCUCUCAUCGAACCGAUCACGGCCGUCACUAAGGGAGGCAUUCCACUACUAACUACCUCCACAUACGACUACCGCCAAGCAUUCCGCAUCGAUCCGGAUGAUGGAACGAUCUACGUCAACAACACGCUCAACUACAACUAUGCCGCAGUGAUAACGCUCACCGUCAAGGCGACCGACACGAUGGCGGAGCUUCAUCCCGAGCUGCAGUUCGAUCAAACCGAAGUGACACUCUACAUCCAAUCGUUCAAAGACACAAACCCGCUGUUCAAAAACAAAGGCUGGUCCACGGUGCGGCCCAAGAUCGAGGUGAAGGUAAAGGAGGAAGCUCCCGUCGGUAGUGUGGUGUUCCGGAUCGAGGCAGACGAUCCCGUGUCCGACGUACCGAUCGCAGACUUUGAGCUCGUAAUGCCUGACGUUGAUGGGUUCUUCGCGCUAAAUGAGCGUACGGGUGAAAUCAUGCUUCUCCAGCGGUUGGACUACGAAACGUACAACAAAACGACGAUCGACUUCGUCGUCAAAGCGAUCACCAGCAACCGGAAGCGUCACUCGCUUGCGUACGUUAACGUGACGAUCGAAAACGUUAACGACAAUGCGCCGGUAUUCGAGCGUGAAGCGUACCGCGUUACGGUGCUCGAAUCGGACCGCCAUCCGCACGUCGUUGCCACGGUAAGGGCCACCGAUCAGGAUGCGGUACGCACCGAGAAGGAUACCCUGCUCGGGUACAACGUCAUCACGUACAGUUUGUUCGGUUCCCACUCGAAUCUCUUCACGAUCGACAAUCGGACGGGUGAGAUAAGGAUUGCCCCGGGACAGGUGCUGGAUCGUGAGAAGCAAUCGGUGCUGAAGUUGGUAGUCGGUGCGGAAGAUGCACCGGGACGGCCACAGGAAGCGAAAAAGACCACUACGGAGGUAAUGGUGGACGUGCUGGAUGUGAAUGAUAAUGCACCGAUCUUUGGGCAGCGAUCGUACACGGCUGUAAUACCGGAGAACGUACUGGUGGACACGUUUGUGGUCGCGAUCACGGCACACGAUCCGGACGAGGGUCUUGGUGGGGAGGUGCGGUACGACAUUCUGAACGAGGGUGAAGCUAAUGGACUUCUUCAAAUUAAUCCCAAAACGGGAGAAAUCAAAACGAAGGCCAUGCUGACGGGCAAGGGACGAGCUGAACCGUACGAGUUGGUAAUCCGUGCGCAGGACAGUGGCAAUCAGCUACCGAAGCAGAGUUCGCUCUACAACGACGUGUCCUUCACGCUGUACAUUGGGGACAUCAGUGCGAAUGAUGGCAUUCCGUUCUUCAUUGCACCGCAGGUCGGUCAAACGGCCAACGUUACUGAGAACGCAACCGUUGGCGCACCUGUGUUCCAGGUGAUUGCCAGCGACCCGGACAGUCCGGCCACCCCGAGUGGCACCCUCCGCUAUCGCAUUCAAUCCGACAUCGAGGAUGCAAAAUCGUUCAGCAUCAACGCGAAAACGGGCCUAAUCACCACCACCCGUUCGCUGGAUCGUGAAAUGAAAUCGGCGUACAACGUGAUCAUCGAGGUAAGCGACAUGGGCGAACCUCCGCAAGCAUCCACCGUCGUGCUGCGCAUCAACGUUCUCGACAUCGACGAUCACGAGCCCAGAUUUGUGCGUGAAGUCGAAGCGCAACCGUACGAGCUGCAGGUACUGGAGGAACAACCGGCCGGUACGAUCGUCGGUAACAUUUCCGCACUGGAUGAAGAUAUCGGUCCGAACGGUGCGAUCGACUACACGAUCAUCGAGGGUAACGAGUUGGGUCUGUUCAACGUUACACGCACGGAAGAUAAUGUAGCGAUCCUCCGCACUACCAAGCCGCUCGAUCGCGAAAGCCUGGAAUCGAUUCGACUAACGCUCCGAUGCUUCAAACACAGCACCGUGCCAGAGCAACUGGCGCACGAGGCUUACAACAGGCACGAUAAGUCCCAGCAGCAGCUCUUGAUCCGCGUAGUGGACAUCGAUGAUCAUGCACCACGCUUUGAGCGUGAAAAUCAAACCAUCGGCAUCCGGCACAACGUCCCAAUCGAUACACCGAUAGCGAAUGGGCGUGCCUUUGAUGAGGAUCCCACCGCCCGGCCCAUUGUCUACUCGAUCGAAAGCAUCAACUUUGUGCCACAGUUCUAUCGGAGGGAUAAUCGAACCGAGGACUACACCGGUGUGUUUAGCCUGAACGCGGACACUGCCGAGAUACGGACCACGCGCAGCAUGUCCAACUUUGUCGAUGGCUUCUUCCAGCUGAGCGUCCGUGCGUCCAACUCGGACGACGCGGAACGCAUCAGUGAAACGCAGAUGAAGAUCUACGUCAUACGCGACAAGUCACUGUUGCGGUUUGUGUUCUCGAAGCCACCGACCGAGGUGAGCGGAGUGUUGGAUCGCUUUACGGCCGACAUGCAGGAACGGUUGGCCGAAUCCAACCUCGAGCUGUCCGUGUUCGAUGCGCAGGUACUCAGCCAUCCGGACCACAGUCUCGACUUCAGCUCGACCAGCUCCUGCUUCCAGCUGACGCGCCACGGUUCGGCGCUCACUCCAGUGGAGAUGAUGCGCAUCAUGGAUGGAGCGGAGAUGAAGGACGCCCUGGCGGACGUGUAUCACCGGUACUCGGUGCACAAGAUCGACUCGUGUGCGGUGGGUAAGAGGACGCCUGCCACUGCACUGAUCGCUUCCUCCGGUACCUGGCUGGUGAUACUGGCGGGGCUGAUAGGAUUUGCCGCGUUCGCGUCCACCAUGACGGCGUGUUGUCUAGCGCGAAGGUACAAAAGCCAGGUUCGGUCAACGAUAAACUCGCAGCGAAUCGUUGGAUCCGACAUCUAUGGCAGUGCGACACCGGUGCUGUACACGGAACCCAUCUACGGUGCACUGUAGCCGGCGAUACCGGCCGGUGAGCGGGAAGGCCAUGUCGACCAUGUUUUAAAAGUCUGUACAAACAAGUCAUAAGAUAGACCCAUCUGUUUUUUUUAACUUCACUCAAUACGCUGACCGUAGCCGUUGUGCGUAUGGUCGCCGCGAGUUCUGCUCCUAUGUUGCGGAACACAAAGAAAAAAACAAAACCAUACCAGAACCUUAAACCUCGUGCAAGGGUUCGCGAGGGUCAAGAGCGACAACCAGGGAACGUACCGUUUAUCGCCAACCAGAAGGAGCGGUCUCGUAAGCUACGGUUUGUCACCGAACAAGACUUAACGGGGGGUCGGGAGAACAAUAUUUAUUUUAUGUUUUAAGAACAAACACCCGCCUGUUACUGCCGUUCUUGCACACACGCACCAGCAAAAAAAAAAACUAGGAAGGAAGGUGCAAAACGGAAACGUGCCAAACCAUGCAUCAAACUCUGUCUACAGCAACAAGCUGCAAAACGGAAAACAACGCAAGUAGCUUUAAGCCGGAAGAGUCUCCCAGCUGUCCUUCGCUGAAAGCGUUGGGGACUCUUGUACGUUAAGCCUGUAUAGGAACGUGCGUAUUAACUGCAUUUGAUGUGUUUUGUAAAUAAAGAAGAAAAGUAUAGAUAACAUUUAACGAAAGUGUUGGAAAAGAA